GGUGAGGCAAAACGUCGGCAAAAGAAAAGAUAUAUGUACAAUGAUGAAAAAAUGGCAUGGAUUUCUCAAACCGCCACUUGCAACUCUAGAAUCUCUUGUAGGGUUGAUGAAUUCGCUGCGAGAAUUCUGUGUAAGAGAAUUCUAGACUUAGCCAUACUUAGAUGGAAGGUAAUCGGUGAUAAAGAAUUAUUUUUUAUUUGUUUGAAGUGUUCACCGCAACAGAACUAGACGCUAGGUACAUAACACCCCUCUUCAAAAGAUCUACAAAAUCGAAAACUUAUCCACUUACCUACUUUGUAAAUCAAUCCACCAACACUUUGCCUAUACGAGCAAUCAAGAAAACACCCCCCUGAUCCUUGGGGAUAUCCGAUGUAUAAUGCGGAUUUUAGAGAAACCAAACUACUUCAAUUAUCAAGACAAUUUCUUGCACCAAAGCAACUCCAGAAUGAAAGCAAACGCGUAUAUAUUCGAAAAGUUCGCUCACACUUACCGAAAAUCUUCCCCCUUCCGAUCUUCCCUACUUCAUCCGUCUCCGAACUUUUGCUUUUCUACUGCUAGACAAACUUAUAAAACUAUUCUUGGGCCCCCUCAUUUCCAGCUAUACAUAUGUGACCCAUCCGCCCCGCAACUCAACCAGGGAAAUUAUCCAGACUUUCAGAGCUCGAGUGUCAAUAUAUUGGCUCCAUCUUUGCCGGGGAUUUAAGCACGAACCAUUUCGCGAUACCCUUCCUCGAAAUCCAAAACUCAGAAGCACCUUCCUUUAUAUAUACACUUGAACAUCUCAUCACUUUGGUUCGAGACCAAAUACAUAAGUGCACGACUGGGGAAAGUACUUGGGGUACACUUAUAUUUGUGGACCAUAAUCUUCUACAUCCUACCACGUCUUUCAGUCUUCCAAUAUACCUACCACCUCUUAUACAACAGAAGUAGCCUUAUCCAAUACCAAAGUCAACAUGAAGGAAGAUAACUCUUCACCCUCCGUUGUCACCAAGCCGGAAUUCAAGACAAUGAACGGAGUAACCAAAGCUCAAUCUACCAAGAGCAGAAGAAGCGUAGCAAACAUGAACGAAACUGCUCUGGCGAAAAAGAGAGAAAAUGACCGUAACGCUCAAAGGAACAUCAGAGAAAAGGCAAGGAAGGAGAAGACCGAAAUGGAACAGAAGAUCCAAAAGCUAGAGAGCCAACAAAGAGGUUUCGAUGAGUUGGUAAAACGGAACGAGAAGUUGAGAGCGUUAUUAUUAAAGCAUGAUAUCGAUCCCGAUACGGAAGAAGUACUAUCACCAACUCGUCAGACACAAUCCCUAGAGAACAUUGCACCAGAAAAGCGACGGCUAGGGUCAGCGCAAGGCUUCCCUGCUGAAGGUAUGUUGGAAGGAAUGGAAAUGGAUCGCUCUACAUCCAAUUACCAAUUUCCCCUCGUCCCUCAGCCAAGUUUACAACAACCACCUGGACUUCUACCUAUAUACAACCAAAUGGAAUCAAAUCAACUUCUAGAUUCCCCUGAGCUCACAGGGUCUCCUGCAUCAUUAUAUUCACAUCAUUCGGCAUCUCGCACCGGAUCACCACAAAACGCAGGGGCGGUUUCUCCACCAUAUCCAAGUCAUCAAUCAAUGACUCCUCUGCAACAUAUGCCUCAACCCAUGUAUCCUCUCUCGAUGCCCAUCCAAUCUAUGGGAUCUAUUCCACAAAUGUCUCCACCUCAUGAUAUUUCACUUCAGCAAAAUUCCAGCUUCCAAAACACAUAUACACAAGACUGGUCGUUUCCUGGGUCAGCUGGUCCAAUCUGGGACCAAACCGUCGCAUUCAGACCUAUGUCGACUUAUGCUGUACCUAUGACUAUGGGUAUGUCAUAGCUAUCGAAUCGCAAGAAACAAUCCGUUGACGAGCACUAUCCUUAGAAAAAAAAGAUUCAUCGACGGUACACUUUCGGGGGCCACACAGUGAAGGAAGGCGUUAGGAAUGGGAUCUGGAUUUUUUAAAACACAUGUCGACGUACAAGCGGCAUAGACGGAGUUACAUGUGUUGAAUUUGCUGUUUUAUACCCAGUUCUAGGAUACACAACAGGACUAGAUUUGUUUUGAUUGUGUGCUAUUUUUUUUUUCACUUCUUCUUUCACAUUGGGACAUUGGAGUUUGCAGGUAUCAGGUUUAUAUUAUGGAGUGGGAGGUUAGGGCAGGCUUAGAUUCCUCGUUGAAUUUGGAUUGUCUUCAUUUGUACAUUUAUUCAGUUUGUCAGAGAUAAAUACAUAUCUUCUCAUUAUCUCAUAAAUUGUAUCAUUUACAUAACGGGAAUGAUGAUGUCCUGACAGUGAAACUUUCCCUGGUGACAAUGCCAAUAUAUGACAAACCCGUCUAACCUUAAAAUAUCCCUCCAAUCUUCACAAAACAUUCAUAGGGUCCUGGUCAUUUUCCACAUAGAAUCAAUUCAGUAGUCACUGCACACAUAUGAGAUACUCAAUGCAACAAAGGCCUUACUCUCUCAAUGAGCGUUUCUCUGAAUUUUUCGAUUAGCUAACUAAAUCCUGAUCACACCAUAUCACACCAGACUCCGGUGGAGAUAUUCCGGGAGAGCCAGAUUUACCCCUCGGAGAAGAUCUGCAAUCCGAAGUAUAACCA